AUGGACGACGCACCCGUGCCCAAGCUCGCUGAGCUACUCCGACACGCCGACGACCUCGACAAGAUUCCCAGCCUCAAGCACGAAUUCGCGCGCAAAAAGGGCGCCGUCGACGGGCAGCUGCGCAGCGGCCUGCGUGAGCAGCUCGAGCGCACGCAAUCGGGCAUGGCCGGCCUCGCCGAUGGCCAGCGCACGGUGCAGCUCAUCAAGGACGAGAUGGCCCGCAUCGAUCGGCUGUGCUCCGAGUCGCAGACCAUGAUCCGCGACUUUGCGAGCAUCAACCUGGCCUCGCAGGCGCAUCGCCACUUUGCUGCCGUCGAGACGAUGCGGCGCAACCUGGAGACGUUUGACGCACGCGUGAGCGUGGUCGAGGAUAUGCUGCGCGCCGACGACGAGGACCAGGAAAGGAUGCCGAACCUUCUGCCGUGUCACUACGAGAUUACGCGGCUGCGCAAUCUCCGCGAUGACGCCAUGGAGCAGAUUCAGCGCGCGGACGAUCCGAGCCUGGAAGCGACGCUGGAGGACUACUUUGCCCGGCUGGACGACGUGGUGGACUGGUUUGACGAGCAUGUCGGCCUGCUGGCAAUGAACCUGAUCAACCUGGUGCUGAACGAUAAUAACGGGCUGGUGGUGCGCUUCGCGGUGAUUAUGGAGGCGGAGGAGCGCAGCGACCGACGCGUGCGCGCGCUGCAGGACGCGCUGCGGGAUCACAGGGACAUGGCCGCCCGCUUCCAGGGUAUCGCCGACGGCGCGAAGCAGGUCCGUGGCUACAAGGACAAGUUUCUCGCCGCCAUCAAGCUCGGCGCCGAGCAGCAGUUUGAGACGGCCCGCGAGGAGUUUCUCGACGACCCGAAGCGGCUGGACAAGAUCAUGGCGUGGUUCUUCAACGACCUAAACGCGGUGCGCGUCGGCAUGACGCCGCUCAUGCCGAAGCGCUGGAAGAUUGGCAAGGUCUACGCCGACAUUUACCACGUGCUCAUGCACGACUUCCUCGUCGGCAUGGUGGACGACCCGGAAGCCUCGUCGGCGCACACGCUCGAGAUUGUGGGCUUUCCCGAAAAGUACUACCGCAAGAUGGCCAAGAUGGGAUAUGCGCAGGACUCGCUCGCGCCGCACGUGAUUGACAAUCGCGAGGCGGAGCUGGUGCGCGACUUCCGGCAGCUCAUCAUCCGGUUCCUCGACGAGUGGAUCGAGCGCAUCUUUGCGCAGGAGGCGCGCGACUUUGCGGACCGCAACAGCGAGGGCAGCAAUCUCGACACGGACGAGUACGGCUACUUUCGCACCAAGAACCUGACGGCGCUCUGGCGCAUGCUGCGCGAGCAGGUCGACGCGGCGGCCGGCUCGCAGCGCGCCGACGUUGUCGAGGGCGUCGUCGACUGCAUGUUUGCGCGCCUGCGCGCCCGCCAGCAGCAGCAGCAGCGCAUGCUCGAGGACGAGGCCCUCCGCUACGAGUCGGGCAAGGUCCCCGAGCUCGAGGGCUUCCAGGCGCUCCAGGACUGGCUCGUGGCGACGGCCAACGACCAGAUUGCGUGCAUCGACGACGGCGAGGACGAGACGACGGGCGCCCCGCGCCUCGGCUACCUCUCGAGCUUCCGCGCCCACUUUGAACCGCACGUCAUGCCGCAGUACCUCGAGCGGGUCGAGACGGAGCUGGCGGCGCUGCGCGACGGCUACGUCGACUGCAGCACGUGGUGCAUCAACAAGUUUGCGCAGCUCGUCUUCGCCGUCGACUUCCGCGCCGUCAUGCCCGACUUCUUCACGCCCCGGUGGUACCCCGCCACGGCCAUGAAGCAAAUGGUCGUCACCCUCGACGAGUACGUCGGCGACUACCGCGCCGUGCUCCACCACUCCCUCGUCGACAUCUUCAUCGAAAUCUUUGCCGACGAGCUGCUCGUCCGCUACCUGUCGAGCGUCCGCAACAAGGGCUGCAAGCUCCGCCGCGCCGACCCCUUUCGCGACAAGCUCUUCAACGACAUUGCCACCGCGUUUGAGUACUUUGGCAGCCUCGACAACGCAGACGUCGGCGCCUCCAUCAAGCAGACCUGGCGCGUCACCGAGGGCUUCCUCGCCCUGCUGUCGGCCGACCGCGCCGCCGUGCCCGACGAGUUCGCCGCCGUCAAGGCCAGGUACUGGGACCUGCAGAUUAGCUGGGUCGAGGCCGUCCUCAGGAGCAGGGACGACUUUGAGAGGAGCAUGCUCAACGCCGUCAAGGCCCGCGCCGCGCAGAUCGAGGUCGUGCGCGGGCCGGAAACGAUCAUGGCGAGGAUCAAGUAG